GACAACUUAACUAAAUUCUGUCUUCCGGACGCCAUCUUUGUUCUUUUUGAUUUCUCUUGUUAUCGUUGUCAGGUCGGCAAAUUUUUAAAAGCCGGAGCCAUGGGUCGUAUGCACGCACCUGGUAAGGGUAUUUCACAAUCGGCGUUGCCUUACCGCCGAAGUGUGCCCACCUGGUUAAAAUUAACCGCUGAUGAUGUCAAGGAACAAAUCUUCAAACUCGGAAAGAAGGGUCUCACUCCUUCUCAAAUUGGUGUUAUGCUUAGGGAUUCUCAUGGAGUCGCCCAAGUCAGAUUCGUCACAGGCAAAAAGAUUCUACGUAUCAUGAAAGCCAUGGGCCUUGCUCCAGACCUACCAGAGGAUCUAUACUACCUAAUUAAGAAGGCUGUUGCCAUGAGAAAGCAUUUAGAAAGGAACAGGAAGGAUAAGGACAGCAAAUUCAGGCUCAUUCUUGUAGAGUCCAGAAUCCACAGACUUGCACGUUAUUAUAAGACAAAGAGCGUACUUCCACCCAACUGGAAAUAUGAGUCGAGCACUGCUUCUGCUCUAGUGGCUUAAGUUUAAAUAAACUAAGUAAACUCCA